UUUCGCAAUGAAUCAAAUGUGGACCUUUUAUUUAUUUAAACCAGGGUAGUAAAUUAUACAUUAUGCUUGAAUAUGUUGGUUUUGCAGAAGCAAGGAGGAGAAAGUUUCUUGAAUUGUAUCCAAAAGAAGCAACAAAUCAAGAUUCUGUGCUGUCUAGAAGCUCCAUUAUACCCCGGUGGGCUUGGGUUACACGUUCUCACCUUCCUGAGGCUGAGUUGCUCAAUGGUCGAGCGGCAAUGAUUGGGUUCUUUAUGGCUUAUCUUGUGGAUGUUUUGACUAGGCUUGAUGUUGUAGGGCAAAGUGGUAAUUUCAUAUGYAAGAUUGGMUUGUUUGCWACAGUYAUGGGUGUWGUCYUUUUUMGGCAAACCAAUUCUCUACAGGAUCUCAAGAAUCUAGCAGAUGAGGCCACAUUUUAUGAUAAACAGUGGCAAGCUUCAUGGCAAGAUCAAGAUUCAAGUGGUGGCACAUCGGGAAAAAAGUGAAACCUCUGUAUUAUCGAUUAACAGAACUGCUUGUCUGCAUUUCCAAUCAUAAACUUAAGUUACAUGUACGGAACUAGUUAGUCUUGGACCAACAUAUGAAUGUACCCUGAUUUUUUUUGUACUUCUAUUCUUGCUUGAUCAAGAAACCACAAAUUUUCAGAUGAUCAUGUUGCUAUAUCUAUAAAACCAGUUGUUGAUGAUUAAGAUAAAGAUUUCAUGAGGCAUGGUGGAGAAGAUGUUUGCAAGGUUGUGGACAUUAUUGGAUGUUCCAGGACCAUGUUGAAUACUUGAGGCAAAAAAAGGAACAGCAUCUUACAUGUAAGAGUCGCCAUCCUCACUUGCCUUACUAGGUAAGAGA